AUGGAGGCGACGGCGGUGAGCCUGACCAGGACGGUCCUCGACGGCGUGCUGGGCAGCGUGGGGACGGCCAUGGCCGACGAGGCGGCUCUGCUGCUGGGCGUCCCGAGGGAGGUGGAGUUCAUCCGCAGCGAGCUGCAGAUGAUGCAGUCCUUCCUACGGGUGCAGUCCUCCGCCGCGUGCUCGGACGGCGGGUGCUACAAGGACACGGUGAGGACGUGCGUGAAGCAGGUGCGCGACCUCGCAUGCGACCUCGAGGACUGCCUCCUCGACUUCACCAUGACCAUGCACGCCUCCCGCGGGAGCUGGCUCCAGUGUGCGGGGCCCGACCUCGCCGCGCGCCACCGCGUCGCCGACCGGAUCCGGCUCCUCAAGGCCAGCCUAGAGGAGCUCAACCAGCGCAACCAGCGGUACAACGUAUUCGCCGCCGACGCCAGCGUCGCCGUCGCCGUGGAGCGCAGCCAGCGGUACAACGUCUUCGCCGCCGCCGCCGACGGCGUCGUGGAGCUCAACCAGGGCAACCCGCGGUACGUCAUCGUCGCCGACCAUGGCCCGACUGCCGUGGAGGAGCACAGACACGGGAACGCCGACGAAGAAUACCAGCUCGCGGCGGGGGAGGAGCACCAGGACAUCCAGCGGAACAAGGAGACGAAGCAGCUGGCUGAUUUGGUCGGAGAACAAACUGCGAGUGUCGUGUCGGUGUGGGGCAUGGGCGGGAUGGGCAAGUCGUCCCUGGUGAGGAUGCUGUAUAACGACAGGGACCUCAUCGACGGCUUCGACGGCCGCGCCUGGGUCACCGUGUCGCACCCGCUCGACUGCACCAAUGAGCUGGAGCGGCGGCUUAGGAAGCAGCUCGGCGUGGAUCCCAGCGGCCAUGGUGGCCUCCCGGCGUGGCUGGGGAAGAAGCGCUGCCUCGUCGUGGUGGACGACGUGUCCUCGCAAGAGGAGUGGGAGGACAUAUCCAAGUGUCUCUGGCCUCUCGGCGCCAAGGGCGCCGGCAGCAGCCGGGUCGUCGUCACGACACGGAGAGAAGACGUCGCCGAGCUGUGCGCGGGGAAGGAGUACAAGUACAAGCUCGAGCCUCUCGGAGACGACGAGGCCCGGAAACUGCUGUGUCAAAAGGUUUUCAAGCACGAUGUCCAAGAGAUGACGAAUGAUAUGUCGAACCAAGCCGAUCUUAUAUUAAGGCGAUGUCGGGGCCUUCCACUUGCCAUAGACACCAUAGGAGGUCUAUUGGCUAGCAGGCCCAAAACAAGUAGGGAAUGGAUGAAUUUGCGAAAGCACCUUGGGUCAGAGCUAGAGUCCGACCGAGAUAUAAAAAGAGUAAUUACCUCUAGCUACGAUGGAUUACCAUAUCAUCUCAAGUCAUGCUUCUUGUACCUGAGUAUCUUCCCAGAAAAUCACGAGAUCAGGUUCACCCGCUUAGUGCGUCGGUGGAUGGCAGAAGGCUAUAUAACAAAGCCACGUGACAUGAACAUCGAGGAAGUCGGAUGGAGAUACUACAAUGAGCUCAUCAAUAGAAGUAUGAUCCAGCCUUCGGAGAAGGCUAGGGAUAGCAUGGCGGUAGAACGUUGCCGCAUUCAUGGCGUGGUGCUCCAAAUAAUCAUGUCCAAGUCUAUUGAGGAAAACCAACUCUUCAUUAUGGAUAAGCAUUGCAAUGAGGCACCACAAAGUAAGAUACGCCACUUGGCGGUGACAAAAUGGAAGAGGAAUGAGGAGAAGAUGGUAAGCAUAAACUUGUCCCAGGUACGGUCAUUGACAAUUUUUGGAAAAUGCCCUCCGUCCCUUAUCUCCUCUAAACUGCGAUUGUUGAGAGUUCUUGACUUGGAAGAUACAGUUGAGCUAGGGAAUGAAGAUCUCAAGUACAUUGGGGAAUUGCUCCAUCUAAGGUACCUUGGUCUGCGAAACACAAGUAUUUCAAGACUUCCUUCAUCUCUUGAGAACCUCAGGUACCUUGAGACAUUAGAUGUUCAAGACACAGAGGUGACACAGCUCCCGGCCGGUAUCACCAAGCUGGAGAAGCUACGGUACCUUGUUUGUGGCAUCAACUUUGCCAACGACUUGGUGGAGAAGACGAGGAAGAACAAUGGUGCAGGCAGAUAUACCAGCAACCUAUUUAAACCCUUGACAGACAUGGUUUCCUGGUGGCGUGGUGCCUCUCCAUCUUCAAGUUCCAUCGGCGAGUUUAGUACUGUAGCAGCUCCUCAGAGGAUUGAGAAGCUAAGGAACUUACAAGCUCUAGGGAUGGUGCACAUUACACAAGGAAGCAAAGUGGCAAGCAACCUGGGGAAGCUGACUAGCUUGCGAGAAUUAGGAGUCGAUGUAGAUGCAAAUGAAGAUGUAAAGAAGGAUUUAUGCAGCUCAGUAGCAAGUCUUGUUCGUCUUGAACGGCUUGAGGUGCGCUCUGAGUCACUUGAAUUUCUGAAAGACGUGAAGAAACCACCAAAGCAUCUCACUGCACUGAACUUGUCCGGUCGUCUAAGCAGCCUCCCUAGCUGGAUGAUAUCCCUCAAUGAUCUAGCCAAGGUAAAGCUAAUUCAGACACAACUGAAGCGGGGUGACAUUGAGGUGAUUGGGAACCUGCUCAACCUUACUCUUCUUGCACUCUGGGAGGAGUCCUUUGCAGAGGAAUCUUUACGAUUCGGCAAAGAUACAUUUCAAAAGCUCAAUCUGCUUUACAUUGAAGGCUUGGAGAACGUCAGCACCAUAACAAUCGAGGAUGGCGCGUUGCCCCUGCUCGAGAACCUUCAGGUAACGAAAUGCAAUAAUUUACAUGACCGCGAGGAGGGUCUGUCCAGUGUGUUGUCCUUGGUGAAACUGAAUGAACUUGUCUUGAAGAGUUGCGGUGACAAACCGGAGCUGGAGAAGGCACUUCAAAAGCAGAUUAGUGGAUCUAAAUCUGUGAACCGUCCGAAGCUUAUUAUCGGGAAGUCCAUAGUAACAAAGAUCAGUUAG